CAUUUUUUUGUUGAUGAUGAUUGUGUGAAUAAUAUAAGAUAAUGAUAUCAUAUAUAUAAGUAAGAGGAGGAAAUAAUUAAGUGAUAAUGUUCUGUUUUUCAUGUUGUAUGUCAUCAUCAGAUCAGGACAAAAUUAAUCAGAAAAAUUCUCUGGCAAAAAGCAUUCAUCAAGAACAACAAAAAGACACCAAAUCUAUAGCCUCAUUUGCCAACAUUUCUAUUAAAACUGAUAGCAGCAGAAGGAAAUACAUAGUUGAAGAAAUAGAAAAGUAUGGAAAAGGAAACAUUUCAGCUCAAACAAUCACAUACAAUGACUUGUCUCUUGCCACUAACAACUUUGAUUCUGAGUGUUUGCUUGGUGAAGGUGGUUUUGGGAAAGUCUACAAGGGACACAUUGAGAGCAAGAACAUAGAUGUGGCUGUAAAACAACUUGAUAGGAAUGGGUUCCAAGGAAAUAGAGAGUUCCUUGUGGAGGUUCUGUUGUUGAGCCUUCUUCAUCACCCUAACCUUGUUACUUUGGUAGGAUACUGUUCAGACGGCGAUCAACGAAUAUUAGUAUAUGAGUUCAUGUCAAAUGGUUCACUAGAAGAUCAUCUUCUUGAGCUUGGUCCAGAACAAAAGUCACUUGAUUGGAUUACAAGGAUGAAAAUCGCGGAAGGAGCAGCAAGAGGUCUUGAAUAUUUGCACGAAACAGCUAAUCCGUUAGUAAUUUACCGCGACUUUAAAGCAUCCAACAUACUUCUAGAUGAGAACUUCAAUCCCAAGCUUUCUGAUUUUGGACUAGCUAAGCUAGGUCCAACUGGUGACAAGACUCAUGUUUCCACCAGGGUCAUGGGAACCUAUGGUUAUUGCGCACCCGAGUAUGCUUCCACUGGUCAAUUGACAACUAAAUCUGAUGUCUAUAGCUUUGGAGUUGUCUUCUUGGAAAUAAUUACAGGAAGAAGAGUCAUUGACAACUCAUUACCGAGCGAAGAACAAAACCUUGUUGUUUGGGCAACACCACUGUUCAGAGACAAGACGAAGUUUCACUUAAUGGCGGAUCCAUCGAUGGGAGGGGAUUACCCAAUGAAGGCAUUGUACCAAGCACUAGCAAUAGCAGCAAUGUGCUUGCAAGAGGAAGCCAGCACACGACCUUUGAUGAGCGAUGUGGUGACUGCUUUGGAAUUUCUAUCAGGUAACAAGAAAAAAUUAGAUGCAGAGGACAAGGACGAGGACGAGGAUGAGAAGAAGGCUGCAGAGGAAACUUUCAAAUCCCCUCCUGCAUUGCAAAGUUUUACGAGUAGACUUGAACGUGCUGAAAGUCAUGAUACAAAUGGCGUUAGAGAAAGAGACUAGAACCUUGUGUGCAUAGCCAGAAACCUUUUUUCGAUCUUAAUAAGACCUUCUGAACAUUUUGCAUAUUAUUUUGCCGGCUCCCCACAAAGCUUUAGAAGUAUAUG